AGUUUGAGGUUCUGGCCGAGAAACUCAUCAACAACACUAGUGAUAUCAUCUCAGGAGCUCUGGCCGUUGCGAGCUGUUGCAAUGCCUGAACUGAGAUUUCUGCGGUGAGAGAAACGCGGAGAGAGAGAGAGAGAGAGCCAUGGUGGUGAGGAAAGUGGGGAAGUAUGAGAUUGGGAGGACGAUUGGGGAGGGCACCUUUGCCAAAGUAAAGUUUGCGCAGAACACAGAGACCGGGGAGAGUGUCGCCAUGAAAGUGCUCGAUCGCAGCACCAUCAUCAAGCACAAAAUGGUGGACCAGAUCAAGAGGGAGAUUUCUAUUAUGAAGCUAGUUAGACAUCCGUAUGUCGUCCGUCUCCACGAGGUUCUAGCAAGCCGCACUAAGAUCUAUAUCAUAUUGGAGUUCAUUACAGGUGGCGAAUUAUUUGAUAAAAUAGUACACCAUAGGCGUAUUAGUGAAGCUGAAUCAAGAAGAUUCUUCCAACAGCUUAUUGAUGGUGUAGACUUCUGCCACAGCAAGGGAGUUUACCAUAGAGAUUUAAAGCCCGAAAAUCUCUUACUUGAUUCCCAAGGAAAUAUAAAGAUUUCAGAUUUUGGUUUGAGUGCAUUACCAGAACAGGGGGUUAGUAUCCUUCGGACAACUUGUGGGACACCAAACUACGUAGCUCCUGAGGUAAAUAUAAGGGUACUGAGUCACAAGGGUUACAAUGGGGCUAUGGCAGACGUUUGGUCCUGUGGGGUUAUCCUUUAUGUUCUGUUGGCUGGAUAUCUUCCCUUUGAUGAACUUGAUCUUACUAUGUUAUACAGUAAGAUUGGUAGAGCAGAGUUUUCAUACCCAGCCUGGUUUUCAGUGGGAGCAAAAUCUUUAAUACAUAGAAUUUUGGACCCCAAUCCUCAGACUCGCAUAACUAUUGAGCAGAUACGAAAUGAUGAGUGGUUUAAAAAAGGCUACGUUCCUGUAAGUCUACUUGAGCAUGAAGAAGUAAAUUUGGAUGACGUAAAUGCAGCUUUUGACGAUGCUGAGGAUCAGGCGGCUAAUCAACAGAGUGAAAACGAAGACACGGGUCCUUUGAUGCUCAAUGCAUUUGACUUGAUAAUCCUGUCUCAAGGCUUAAACCUGGCAUCACUAUUCGAUCGUCGAGAGGACUCUAUGUACUACCAAGCACGCUUUAUCACUCAAAAGCCAGCAAAGGUGGUUUUAUCGAGUAUGGAAGUUGUGGCACAAUCAAUGGGAUUUAAGACUCAUAUUCGCAACUAUAAGAUGAGAGUGGAGGGUAUUUCAGCAGACAGGACUUCUUAUUUUUCGGUGAUACUGGAAAUUUUUGAAGUUGCUCCCACUUUUCUAAUGGUGGACAUUCAAAGAACCUCUGGAGAUGGGAGUGAAUACCUCAAGCAGUUUUACAAGACAUUUUGCAGCAAUCUUGAGGAUAUAAUAUGGAAACCGCCUCUUGAAGCAUGCAAAUCAAAGAUGUCCAAGACUAAAAGCAAGAAACGUUAGUUUCUUCACCUCUUACGUCUGCUCUUGUUGAAAAAAGGAAAGAAGGAAAAUCUCUUCGGGGAACAUCUUCGAAAGAUAGAAAAAGGAAUUACAUAUCACGACGAAGAAUAUAUAUGAUUUGUCAGUAUAUAUGUUUGUGCAGUUGGCUUUCUCUUUUUACCUGUAACAUCAGUUUAGUAGUUCUACUUCCAUCAUACAGUUUAAUAGUUCUACUUCCAUCUUACAAUGCGAGUAUUAUAUCAAGUUCUCAGAUAGAAAUAUUGUUUCAUUGAUUGAUUGAUCCUUACUCUGCCGGGGGCAUUAAAUUUAUAAAUUCAUAUGAAAUUAAUAUUGCUUACCAAA